AUGGGUGGUGGUCCAGAGCCAAUUACUGUCAUGGUGGUAGGUGCCGCCGUGAAGGACCCCACGCCGAUGGUCGGUGCUGUAGGCGCCCGAACUCCAAAGAAGAUGGGCGGCAAGGGCAGCGAGACUGGUGGCGUUAAUGUGUGGAAAUUUGGUCUAAGGCCAGCUCCAGCAGACCCCGUAUCGGGCCAUCAUCCCGUAUCCACGUCGGAUACGGCUUCGCGUGCACCCGCAACGCCUCUCCAGCGGACUCCGUAUCCAGGUGAUCAGGGUUGCGGGGAGGGGUCCGGCGGCGGCAAAAUUGCGGUGCGAUGUAGCGUCGGCUUCACUGUGGGUGACGCGACUGGCGAAGGGGUCGUUGGUCCCGCGGAGCGGCGGAAGGGGAGUUGGCCAGCGCUUGCAGAGGCGAGGCGGGAGGCUUCGGUGGCCGGCGGAAACGAGCAGCGUCCGGCGACCCUUGUCCACGACCUGCAGACAUCGAGCCCAACGGCCGUGCGGCGACAUGAAUCCUCCCACAGCAGCCGCGUCCACCGGCGGAGCAGAUCGCGCCACGACCGCGCCAGAGUACGCGCCGUACCCGAGGCUCUCGCCGGAGGACGUAGCCCCGCCCCCGCCUCCCCCGUACCAUGCUGCCACCGCCGCACCGCCUCCCUACGGCGGCAACCCCUACGUCUCCUUCCUCGCCGGCGGCGCCGCGACUGCACCGAAGAAUACGAUGGACUCGGUGAAGGACGUGCUCAGGAAGAUGGGGAAGAGGUUCGGCGAGGCAGCCUGCAAGACCGAGAACAUCACAGGGAACUUCUGGUAGCAUUGAUCUCACACAUCACCAAAGUCAUUGCGGAAGGUGGAUAUGAAAUUUUUUUCCAUCAAACCUUUGAUGUUGCCCCCGGCGAAAAACUCAAGAAACCAUAUGCAUGUUAUUUGUCAACCUCUGCUGGUCCUGUCAUGGGUGUUCUUUACUUGUCCAAUGUAAAGCUGGCAUUCUGCAGCGAUAAUCCACUUGCUUACAAGGUUGGAGACACAACUGAGUGGAGGUACUACAAGGUGGUCAUCCCCCUUGCUCAACUGAGGUCAGUUGAUUCUUCGACAAGCAGAACCAACACAGCUGAGAAAUACAUUCAGGUUGUUUCUGUUGAUAACCAUGAGUUUUGGUUCAUGGGCUUCGUGUACUACGACAGUGCUGUGAAGAAUCUGCAAGAAGCACAUCAGGAGGCUCAGAGCUUACGUCCUCAGUGAUGUCUAUAGAUUAGAGCUACAGUUGUGCUAUACUUUGUGUUUGGACAAAUGGACUGUUGUCUCGGUUUAGUUGGAUAGGUAUUGGCAUUUGCCGCGAUUUGUACCUUUCUUAAAAUCAGUUUUUCAAUGUGUGACAUCGUGUGCAUCCUGUCCUGUUUGCUCUCUUCUGUGAAUUGUCAUCUAUGAUUUGAACCCAUUUUGAUUCAGAAGUAGUUCAGAGUACUUUGUAAA